AUGUUUUGUAUACCGGUUCACCUGCAAGAAGAGGUAUUCAGACCACGAUAUGAGCUUCAUCAGACGAAUGAAGCUGGAGAAGUGGCCACUCAUGAUCAGUCACCUCUACCUACUCACAUGAAUGUAUCGUCAGAAAAGGAGGAUCUGCCUUCAAUGUACAGUGAGAAAGGGAGAGUAUUACCCAUGUACAAUGAGAAUGUGUCAACAAAACCUACUCGUACUAGAAGACCUAAGUCAAUCUUGGUUAAACUCCUUUUGAUUCCUCUCUUUAUGAUCUGGCAAUACAUCUUCUUCCCUAGUGUCGAAUUUAACCCAUCAUCUCGACUUCAUGAAUAUGAGGAAUUGGAUUCAACGAUAAUAGCAUCGUGUAAAUCGUAUUUAUCACUUCCUUCGUCAACGUAUAAUAAUCGAUUAUCAACGUUAUCAGAUAUAUUACCACAAGAGAUGGUAUGGAUAUCUGAACCUGGACCAUCCACAUAUUAUUUUAUAGGAUCAUUUUCAGAAGAAGAAUGGUUUUUAUCUGAAAGACCAUUUUUAAUUUCGAUAUAUCAAAAUAAAAUAAUACUUUUAACUCCUUCUUUUGAAUCACUCCGAGCAAAGUUGAUUGAUAUCCCAGAAGAAUUAAAGGAUAAAGUGGAGUGGGUAGAAUGGAACGAAGAUCAAUCCCCAUAUCAAAUCUUAUCAGAUUAUCUCAAACAGGAAAGUGCUGUUGGUGCUGUUGGUGACGAUGAUGAUGAUGCGGUGAAGAGAUUCGUGCUGGAUGAUGGAGUAAGACAAUUUAUAGGUAAAGGUUUAAGAGAUGUAAUGGAUGAAGAUAAAGGGGACGUCCAAGAUGAGAUAAGGAAAAUAAGGGAAAGGAAGAGUGAUUGGGAGAAGAAUUUAUUGAAAUGUGCUAAUCAAUUCACUUUACACGCUAUAAGAAAUACAAGGAAUAGAAUGUAUUUAGGUAUAACAGAAUCUCACACUGGGAGAAUAUUAAGAGAAGAAAUGGAUAAAACCGGUUUAAUAGGAGGUGAAGGAUUGGUACUCUUUGGUGAGAACGCAGCUCUUCCGCACGGGUCAGGAACAGAUAGGAAAUUAGGUAAAGACGAUUUGGUCUUAAUUGACGCUGGUGGGAAAUGGGGUGGAUACGUUUCUGAUAUAACCAGAACUUUCUCUCUUCCGUCUUCCAAAAUACCAAAAGAACAUAUAGAACUAUGGGAGACGGUAAGACUUGCUCAAAGAGCACCAUAUGAAUUACUUUUAUCGGCAAAUUCAUCAAAUUCAUCAAAUUUGACAUUCGCCGAAUUGGAUCGAUCAGCUCGUGAAAUCGUCUCUCAUUGGAAGAAUAGAAACCAAGAUUUCAAUCUCGAAUCAAGAUCCGACGUAGAUGUAGAUUUCAGCAUAUUCACACAUCGAUUGGGACAUGGAAUAGGAUUAGAAGGACAUGAAUCACCUUAUGUGAUUCAAGGAAAACAAGGUGAAAAUGAAAUUCAGCCUGGUAACGUCUUCAGCCUAGAACCUGGUAUAUACUUGCCCGCAAACAUGAAAUCGAAGAUUAAUGGUCUGAGAGGUAUAGGAGUUAGAUUGGAAGAUUGUCUCAUUGUGGAACAAACAAAACAGGGCAAUUGGAAAGGUGAAUGGUUAUCUGGUCCAGUAGAGAAAUGGGGUGAUAUAUAG